UUCUUUUUUAUUAUAGGAAAUGCGUUUUUCUAAGGUACAUACAAUUUUGGGAUUGACUGUAUAGCCAAUACAUCCCUAAAUGAAUCAUUCUUGAAUGUCUCUCAAGUUUCAUACAAUUCCAAACAGUAGAAACUUGAGAGACACCUGAAUAGAUCCUCUGCGCACGUCUUUAAAGUUAAUCGAUUAAGAAUAAGCGAUAAAGUUUUUUCUUUUCAAUUACUCGUUAAUUGACGAUGAUAGCGUGGAAUGGGAUAACAUGGGAUAAUAGGAGCUUAUUCUCUGAAUUUGCAGCUUCAAUUUGGAUUAUAGUAUGUUAAAAUUGCUUUUCCAGAAGUCGAGAUAUUCAGUCACGAGCACGAGCCUUCGAAUCAGAGACAACAGCUCUGUAGGCAACGCGUAUAAAACGUGCGCUUGCCUGGAAAAUGUUUGAUCAAUCACAUGCGUACCGCUUAGUUUACCCCGUGUUCAAUCAAAUUCUGUGAUCAUGGUGAGAUUAACUGCCGAAUACAUUGAAAGAAAAUGUUCUCAAGCUCAAUUACAAAAGUCUCUUAGCAAGAGAAUGAGCAAGGGCCAACUAUACGGACUGACUCACUUACGGAUGAAUAAUAUGUUCAUCAGCAGUAUCGGGAAUUUCGUCUCUUACAAAAAUUUAAAAGUAAUAUAUUUACAAAACAACAACAUUUCGAAGAUAGAGAAUCUUCACUUCGCAUCGAAUUUGACGCAUUUGUAUCUCCAGCACAACGCGAUAAGUAAAAUAGAGAAUUUAGACUCUCUCGAGAAGUUACAAACGCUUUAUUUAGGGUACAAUAAAAUAUCAGUGGUCGAGGGUCUUGAACUUUUAAACAAUUUGACCGUUUUACAAAUAGAAAAUCAAAAGCUACCUUCGGGAGAAAUGUUAUGCUUCGAUCCACGAAGCGUAUUCACGUUGUCCACUUGUUUAGAAGUGUUGAACAUCUCGGGUGACAAAGUAACAUCCUUGAGCAGCAUCAAGGGAUUACGAAAACUGCAGGUUUUAGAUGCCACGAAUAAUUCCAUCGAUGAUAUCGACGAUCUGACCGAUAGCAUAAGUGUCCUGAUCUCUUUAACAGACCUGUCCCUAGAAGGAAAUCCUGUAACACGAUAUUACAGAUACAAGGAGAAUCUUAUCGCGAAUAACGAUACAAUAAAUACUCUCGAUGGAAAAAUAAUAACGGACGUAUGCCGGUGUUUCAUGAAAAGAUUCAAAGUGAAGAAACAUCUUUAUCACAUGAGGAAGUCGUUGAGCACGCUGGAUCAAGAUAUUACAAGAUCGCUGAAUUUACCAGCAGCGUUAAAGGAGUCAAUAUCCAGAGCUAUGUUUCAACCUUCGGGUCCGAAAUUGCCUGUCGCGAUAUCAACCACGAUCUGUGAUAGCCAAUCGCACAUAUUCCCAUCUUGGAAAAUAGCGGCAGCUGGAAAUACUAUAAAGAAUGGUCAUUUCACUCCGAGACCGUUCUGGAGCAACGUGAUCAAAGCGAAACGAUCGUACAGUAGUACACGAUCAGUGUUGAAUAAUAAAGUCAUCAAGCUGCCACCGAUUUGAAUCAGAGAAAAGAUCGCUUAGAACUACAGGUGCCCCUCACGCCGAUUGAC